AUGAAAACUUACAUAGUCUACAUGGGAUCACUUCCUCAGGAAUCAUCGUACUCUCCGACUUCUCAUCAUUUGAGAAUGCUUCAACAAGUUACUGGAGAAACUGAUGAUGCCGCAAGUUCAUUACUGAUUCGAAGCUACAAGAGAAGUUUCAAUGGGUUCGCUGCAAAGCUCACAGAAGAGCAAAGAGAAAACAUUGCUCAAAUGGAAGAAGCGGUAUCUGUUUUUCCAAACACAGUACUUCACACUCAUACAACCAGAUCGUGGGACUUCAUUGGUUUGGUCAAAAAAACCAAACGUAACGUGUCUGCUGAAAGUGACGUCAUAAUCGGAUUUCUUGACACUGGAAUCUGGCCUGAAUCGAGUUUUACAGAUCAAGGUUUUGGUCCUCCUCCAAAAAAAUGGAAAGGAACUUGUGCAGGUGGGAAAAACUUCACAUGCAACAACAAAGUCAUAGGAGCUCGAUUCUACAAGGAAGACUCUGCAAGAGACAAUGCCGGGCAUGGAUCUCAUACGGCCUCAACAGCAGCAGGAAACAACGUUAAUGGCACAAGCUUUUAUGGUAUGGCAGAAGGCACUGCGAGAGGAGGGGUUCCAUCUGCUAGAAUUGCUGUAUACAAAGUCUGCGAUGCUCAAGGGUACUGCGAUAGUGCUGGAAUCUUGGGUGCUUUUGACGAUGCCAUUGCAGAUGGAGGUGACAUACUCUCGCUUUCACUUGGAGGGGAGCUUCCUCCAAAACAUUUGUACGAUGAUGAUGGUAUCUCGAUUGGUUCCUUUCAUGCUAUGGCCAAAGGGAUACUCACAAUGCAAUCUGCAGGAAACGAAGGGCCUUAUCCAAAGACAGUGACUAGUGUCGCAUCAUGGAUCCUCUCAGUUGCAGCAAGUCACACAGAUCGCCAAAUCAUCGACAAGCUUGUCCUUGGGAAUGGAACAACCUUAGUGGGAGGUUCCAUAAAUGCUUUUGACCCGAAAGGGACCAAAUAUCCCAUAGCCAAGUGUAAGAAUGGAUCAAUUUUUGCCGACAUUUGUGGUUGUCUGGAAAGUGAGAUCCGAGGAAAGAUUGUGUUAUGUAAUGAUCGAAUAGACCCUGAUGCUCACAAAGUUGGUGCAGUUGGCGCGAUUAUAAAUGAUCGCAUAUAUGUACCAGAUGGUGUGUGUGAAUUUCCUUAUCUCAUAUUAUCUAAAAAAGACUAUGAUGUUGUUGAAACAUACCCAAAAUCAGCAAAUCCAGAAGCUGAGAUAAUGAAGAGUGAGAGCAUUGUGGAUAAAACUGCCCAGGUAGCUAAGUUCUCUUCACGAGGGCCAAGCAUAGCAGUCCCACAGAUCCUAAAACCAGACAUAACUGCACCAGGAGUGUAUAUCUUAGCAGCAUAUUCUCCUCUGGCUUCACCAUCAGAGAAUGACUCGAGAAGUGUUAAGUACAACAUUAUCUCAGGAACCUCUAUGGCAUGUCCUCAUGUAUCUGGAAUAGCAGCGUAUGUGAGAAGUUUUCAUCCAAAUUGGUCUUCAGCAGCCAUCAAAUCUGCGAUUAUGACGACAGCUAAAUCUAUGAAUGGUCCUAAAGAUUAUUUUGCUUAUGGAUCAGGACAUGUUAAUCCUGCGCAAGCUAUUGAUCCUGGACUUGUUUAUGAUCUUUCAAAACAAGAUUACCUAGAACUUCUCUGCAGUCUUGGUUAUAACACUUCAAUCAUCAAAAAAUUCUCUGGUGAUCAUAAGGUUACAUGUCCCAGAUCUCCUGAUAGAUCCUUGACAAGAAAUACAAACUUUCCUUCGAUGUUAGCAGAAGUGAAAUCUAUGAAACCUUUUGAUGUUAAAAUUAAUCGAACAGUCACAAAUGUUGGAUUGGUCAACUCAAAGUACGAGGUAACUGUACAAUCAACUCAAGGAGUCAACAUUACAGUGGAACCUAAGGUGUUGUCCUUCAAGCCUUUGAGGGAGAAACAAUCAUUUGUUGUGAGAAUUGUGGGAGGGAAAUUACCAGCAGACACAGUGUUUUUCUCAUCAAUUGUAUGGUCAGAUGGCACUCAUAAUGUUAUGAGUCCUAUUGUUGCGAGUGUUUUGAAGUGGAUUAAAGGUUAA